AUGAUGGGAUGCAGCGGAUGUGGAACGUCGAAUGGGGUAUGAGAGUGGAUUGGUUGGUUGGUUGAUUAAUGAUUAUAGUGUUAUAUAUACCGUCCCUUGUUUUCUGAGUUUCCGUGCAGCAAAAAAAAGUGUGAAGUGCAGAGGGAUCAUUGACCUGCUGCGACGAACACGACGUCGUUUUUGUUUCCCUCUGUGAGUGAUGGGAUUCUUCAAAAGGGUAGCUGGAUUUCUUGGGUUUGGAAACCACAAACACGAUUCCAAGGAUGAGACCGACGACGGUCAACCUCGAGUGAGAGAAACCGUCGUCGAUCGCCCCCACCUCGCUCCCGUUCUCACUCCCUCUACUUCCGGCGACGGCGGAAUUCAGGGUCUGGAUUGGUAUGUAAAUCAUCUUAGGAUGGAUGAAGAUGGUGAUUUAGCAGAUCAGUUCCUUGAUGAGGUUUCAUCAGAGAAGCCAGAAGGAGUUGCAGUAGAUCAUCAUAAAACACAAGCAAGGUUUAAACUGAAGAAUGGGACCAAGUCAGUCAGAGUGAAGAAACCGAUCCUAUUAGGUGGGAAAAUUAUUCCACAGAUUGUGGAAUCCCACCAGGGCAGAUUGUAGAAAAAUUUGAUCUGGCUAUUGAUUAUGGUGGUCUCAUGUAAGUAUUGAACUGUUGGGCGUAUGAUUCUGCUAAUUAUUUGUGACAGUUUGUACUUCCUUAUCCUUUCUAACUAGCUAAUGCUUAAACUGUUUGCUAUGCUUAUUAAAUUAAUAAAGUUAAUUUUGGAUUUAAAAAAA